AUGAAAUUUAUAGCAACUAGUCUUCUAUUACUCGAGGCAGCUUCCAGUCUCAGCAUUCCCAUGUCGAUGGGUGUUGGAAACUCUUUUGGAAGAACCUUUCGCAUUUCCACUUGGGGAGAAUCUCAUGGUGGAGGUGUUGGUGUGGUAUUGGAUGGUUGCCCCCCUCGUUUGGAAAUCACUCGGGAAGAAAUUCAAAAGGACUUGGACCGCCGUCGCCCUGGACAAUCUCGAAUCACAACUCCCAGAAACGAAGCCGAUGCCGUCGAAAUCUUGUCUGGACUGAACCCUGAAAACAUCACCAUCGGAACUCCCAUUGCAAUGUUGGUGCGCAACAAGGAUCAACGUUCCACCGAUUAUCUGGACAAUGAUAUGAAGGUUGCCUACCGUCCAUCCCACGCUGACGCAACUUACGAUGCCAAGUACGGUGUCCGUGCCAUUGCAGGUGGAGGUCGUUCGUCAGCUCGUGAAACCAUUGGAAGAGUUGCUGCCGGUGCCAUUGCCCGAAAGAUCUUGCACAAGUACAACGGUAUUGAAAUCCUGGGAUAUGUUUCCAAGGUUCAAGACAUAGAGACCAAGAAUGUUGACCAUGACACAUUCACAGUGGAAGAUGUGGACAAGAAUAUUGUCCGAUGUCCUGACGAAGAAGUUGCCGAAAAGAUGCUGGAACGAAUUGACGAGAUCCGUACUACUGGAAACUCUAUUGGUGGAGUCGUUACAUGUAUUGCACGUAAUGUCCCUGCAGGUUUGGGAGGACCCGUCUUUGAUAAAUUGGAGGCUGACCUGGCCAAGGCCUGUAUGUCCAUCCCUGCUGCCAAGGGUUUCGAAGUCGGAUCCGGUUUCGAAGGAACUUUGUUGAGUGGAAAGGAACAUAAUGACGAAUUCUAUAUUGAUCCAGAGACUGGAGCCACACGAACGAAGACCAACAGAUCUGGAGGAAUCCAAGGCGGAAUCAGCAAUGGGGAGAACAUUGUCAUCAAAGUGGCAUUCAAGCCUACCUCCACCAUUGGACAAAAACAGGGUACCGUGACGAGAGACGGGCAAGAGGUUGAACUUCGAGGAAAGGGCCGACAUGACCCUUGUGUCUUACCCCGUGCCAUUCCAAUGGUCGAAGCUAUGGUCGCCCUCACUUUGGUGGACCACGUUAUGAUGCAAGUUGCUCAAUGCGAGCUCUUCCCCAAUGAAGCUCCAAUGGAACUUCAACCCAACCCAAUGGGAACCACUGCUCACCGGGAAGGUGGCCCAGCUGUCUUUGCCGCUGAAUCAAAGCCAGACAAGGCAGUGAGCCAACGUGUAGAUGAAGAGUAA